AUGGAUUGGCGUGCCUCUCUUCUUGGCAGCGCAACCACAAGAGAGAAGGAGGAAAAGCAAGCCCAAAGCCAGCCGCAACGGGUCUUUCUUUUCCUGAUCCCCUAUCCUUUCCAGACGGUUGUUCUGCUCCCCAGUGAGCGCCCCCGCGGCAGCCGUUUCUUGCUGACAUCGGGAGGCUGGAAGCCACCCCCGGAAGGGAAGAGAAAUGGGUUCAUUUCAGGCUUUGAAAAGCUACGAGUUCCAAUAACCCUGCGUGUGGUUUUAAUCGGCUCGGGAGCGGCUCAAAUGUUUCAGAGCAGCGGUCAGGCUGCGACCACCCAACCGAACGGUUUGCGAAGCAAGGUGCUGCCUGCGAGGUCUCGACUCUGGCCGCCCAUUCCUCUGCCGGUUCGGGACCUCAAGGUGACGACGGGAGAGCUGUGGACCAUGGACGAGGUUGAGAUCGAGUGCCUUGCAUGCUAA